UAUUCAUCCAGAAUGACGGACUGUAAAAUCUUCUGUCCAGAACCGGUAUCCAAAUUCAGCAGUAUCUUUCUGCUGCUGCUGAUUCUUUUAGCCGAGGUUACGUACUCGGCUGAUCUCGCGAUCGAGAUACCAGGCAAUCUGAGCCAGGGUGGUUCCUGGUACCGUUUGGAUUACAGCCCACCCGUUGGUUCUCCACCGCCGAACACCACCAUAGCCGCCACUGACAUCGGUGAUGUCAUAAAGUUCAGGGACGGCCUGCCUGGGACGAGAUACGAGUACUGGCUGUACUACAGCAACAGCACUCUUCACGAUUGGCUGACGUGGACUGCGUCAAUUACGACACCACCCGAUCCUCCAUCAAACUUGACGGUAUCGGUACGAAAUGGAAAGACCGCGAUCGUAUAUUGGUCGCCUCCGGCCCAGGGGAAUUAUUCCGGUUUCCGGUUGCGGACGCAGAGCUUCAGCGAUACCGGAAAUCCCAAGACCACCGUCAUCCCUGUCGAUUCGGUGCCCUACACACUACGUGAUCUCACGCCUGGUGCCACAUAUUCGCUUCAACUCUUCACCGUAUUGGACGCUAAAGAAAGCGUCGCUUAUACCAGCAGGAAAAAUACCUUGAGAAAGCCAAACAUCCCGGGAAAGUUCAUCGUCUGGUUCAGAAACGAGACAACGCUGCUGGUGCUAUGGCAACCGCCUUAUCCGGCCGGAAUAUACACACACUACAAAAUUAGCAUAGACCCAUCUGAUGCGAUAGAAUCUGUUCUCUAUGUAGAGAAGGAAGGCGAACCACCUGGUCCUGCACAGGCAGCUUUCAAAGGACUUGUUCCAGGUAGAGCGUAUAACAUUUCCGUGCAGACGGUUUCCGAAGAUGAAACAUCCGCGCCUACUACGGCCCAGUAUCGUACAGUACCACUGCGUCCCCUCAACGUGACCUUCGACAAAUCCUCUGUAACAUCGACUUCCUUUCGCAUGUUUUGGAACCCUCCGAAUGGAACAUCCGAGUUUGACAAGUAUCAAAUAUCGCUCGGUAGUAACCGGAGGCUCACGCCAGUCACGCGAAAUCGAGACGAUGAGAACAGAUGGGAGUUCAAGGACUUGGAACCUGGCAAAACAUAUCAAGUGGUAGUAAAAACAGUUUCUGGCAAAGUCACCAGUUGGCCGGCUAGUGGAGAUGUCACUCUAAAACCAUUACCUGUUCACGAUCUCAGAGCGGUGAUUGAUGAAAAAACCGGUAUGGUAGAAGUCUCCUGGAGUCCGGAAAAUUCCAGUACACAAGAUAGUUAUAAGCUACAGUAUCAUGAAGUGGAAACAACGAUUGGUGGUGAUAGUAAUACUUUAACGACUGAUAAAACAAAGGUUACGCUGGAAGCUCUGCUGCCUGGAAGAAAUUAUUCCAUAAUAGUUCAAGCGAUUAGCAAUAAAGUCGAGUCAAACGAAACCGUCCUAUACCAAGCGACACGUCCUGCUAGUCCUGUAAUUGAAGAUCUGAAACCUAUUGAAAAAGGUUUAAAUAUUUCCUGGAAAAGUGACGUCAAUUCUAAACAAGAGAAAUUCGAAGUGACCCACAACAGAAAUGACACUGGUGAAAGUGCAACUACUCUGACUACGGAAUCGCAUAUUGUCUUGGAAGACCUUUACCCUGGUGCAGCAUAUGAAGUUAAAGUCUUUGCCAUUAGUCAUGGACUUCGAAGCGAACCGCACGACUACUUGCAAGCCGUUCUGCCUCAUCCACCGAAGAAUCUCAGUAUCGAAAAAGUCACGAGCAAUACCGUUGUUGUGCAUUGGGAAGCGCCGACAGACUCAAUAUUUACCGAAUACUCCAUCAGAUAUCGUACAGAAGACGAUCCCAGAUGGGUCAAACUUCCUAGUGUUCGUGACACGGAAGCAGAAGUGGCAGAUAUGACACCCGGUGAGAGAUAUACCAUACAAGUGAACACCGUCAGUUACGGUGUUGAAAGCUUGUAUCCGUUACAAGUGAAUCACACAGUCAGGCCUAAUCCAGUUCUAAAUAUCACUCCUAUUAUCGACUCCACUAAUGUAACUCUUGAAUGGCCGCGAUCUGAGGGUCGCAUCGAAACCUACGUUAUAAAAUGGUGGCCAGUAGAGAACCCAGAGGACUCCAGGACGAAGAACGUCAGUGAGACUAACGAUGUACCCGAUAUCAGUUUCGAAGAAAACACUGUGCAAACCGAGAAGAUCUUGGUGAGCGACCUGAUGCCUGGAGUACAGUACUUCUUCGUCGUCUAUACAAUCUCGUAUGAUCUAGUCAGCGACAUCACCAAUUUAACCACAAGAACGAUGCCACUGAUCCAGUCCGAGGUCGUCGUAGUAGUCGACCGAGAUCAACCAGGGUCAUUGACAUUAAGAUAUACACCGACGCCGAUUCAAUCCUCGAGGUUUGAUCUCUACCGAUUCAGGAUUAGCGAUGAGCAUAACACCACGAAGGAGCGUAUGGUGGAUGACGUUGAUACCAAAGUUUCAUUUGUUGGAUUAACACCUGGCAAAUUAUAUAACGUGACUGUUUGGACAGUAAGCGAUAAUGUGGAGAGCAGACCUCUCCUCCGGCAAGACCGACUCUAUCCUGAACCGAUCACUGCGAUCCACGCGAUCGACAUAAAUGAUACGAGGAUCACUUUGACCUGGGACAUCCCGCAUGGAGAGUAUGAUACUUUUGAAGUACAAUAUAUAAAUACGGAAGGGAACUACAUCCAAAAUAUAACCUCGGUCAACGUGAUCACCAUCUUUGAUCUGAAGCCGCAUAGAAAUUAUACAUUCACAUUGGUUGUACGUUCGGGUACAGAAUCCUCUUACUUGAGAGUCUCGAAUCCACUCAGCGCCAGCUUUACCACCAGCGAAUCAUAUCCAGGAAAGGUGGAGAAGUUUCAUCCUAUCGACAUUCAACCAAGCGACAUCAGCUUCGUAUGGUCUCUGCCGAGCCAAGAGCAAAAUGGCAUCAUUACAAAAUUUAGCAUCACUUAUGGUUUAGAAGGCUCGACUCAUACCCAGAUGCAGGACUUCAGGCCAACCGAGUUCCGUGGUGUCAUCAAAUCCCUCAUACCGGGCAAGACUUAUAUUUUCCGGAUUCAAGCGGAGACAAAGAUCGGUUUUGGUCCUGAGACGGUCUGGAAGCAGAAGAUGCCGAUAUUGGCACCGCCGAAGCCGUCCACGCAAGUGGUACCGACCGAGGUCUGUAAAAGUAGCACGACAAUUCAAAUCAGGUUUAGGAAAAACUACUUCAGCGAACAGAACGGAGCGGUCAUGUCGUACAGCAUCAUUGUUGCCGAAGAUGACAGCAAGAAUGCUUCCGGACUAGAGAUGCCCAGUUGGAGGGACGUCCAGGCUUAUAGCAUUUGGCCACCUUAUCAGGUAAUGGAGCCAUAUUAUCCAUUCAAAAAUGGGUCUGUGGAAGACUUCACGAUCGGCUCCGAGAACUGCGACAACAAAAUUGGAUAUUGUAAUGGACCAUUGAAAUCAGGAUCUACUUAUCGGGUGAAAGUACGUGCAUUUACAGCACCAGAUAAAUUUACGGACACCAGCUACAGCUUCCCUAUUCAAACAGAUAAGGACAACACGGCCAUCAUAGUCGGUGUCACCGUCGCCAUAGCAUUGCUGCUAUUUCUAUUGGGUAUCGGGCUGUUUAUGCGAAGGAGAAGAAGUCAGGGUCGCAAGACAACAGAAACCAGGGCAACCGAUAAUUUAUCAUUGCCGGACAGCGUCAUUGAGACUAGCAGGCCCAUCAAAGUCGAAGAUUUUGCCGAGCAUUAUCGCACAAUGUCAGCGGAUUCUGAUUUCCGGUUUUCGGAAGAGUUUGAAGAAUUGAAGCACGUCGGAAGAGACCAACCAUGCACUGCGGCGGAUUUGCCUUGUAAUAGACCGAAGAAUCGUUUCACAAAUAUUCUUCCAUACGAUCAUAGUAGAUUUAAACUUCAACCUGUCGAUGAUGAGGAGGGCUCCGAUUACAUCAACGCCAAUUAUGUUCCGGGUCAUAAUUCGCCACGAGAGUUUAUUGUGACUCAAGGACCGUUACAUUCGACUCGCGAUGAUUUCUGGCGAAUGGUAUGGGAAAGUAACAGUAGAGCGAUCGUUAUGUUAACGAGAUGUAUCGAAAAGGGCAGAGAAAAGUGUGAUCAUUACUGGCCGAUGGAUACUUUGCCGGUUUAUUAUGGAGAUAUCUGCGUCACGAUACUCAACGAGACACAUUAUCCGGAUUGGAGUAUCACAGAAUUUAUGUUGUGUAGAGGUGAUGUGAAGAGAGUGAUACAACAUUUCCAUUUUACUACUUGGCCGGAUUUCGGCGUUCCCAGUCCACCGCAAACUUUAGCGAGGUUCGUGCGAGCGUUUAGGGAACGAGUCAGGCCCGAUCAGAGGCCCAUAGUCGUUCAUUGCAGCGCUGGCGUAGGUCGUAGUGGUACUUUCAUCACUUUAGACAGAAUACUGCAACAAAUUCUCGUAUCGAAGUACGUCGAUAUCUUCGGGAUCGUUUGGGUGAUGAGAAAAGAGCGGGUCUGGAUGGUACAGACAGAACAGCAAUAUAUCUGUAUCCAUCAAUGUCUUUUGGCCGUUCUGGAAGGACAAGACACUACUGGACCACCACGAGAGAUUCAUGACAAUCAGGGAUUCGAAGUAACUCACACCCUUCCUUUCUGCAAUCUUUUGCGACCUUUGUAUUCAGGCAAGAAUCGAAGUUCGGUCGAAAGCACUAAGAGUCCUGCCGAGGAUGAGAAGGAGAGGUGACCUUCGAACAGCGAUUCCUGCAUCGAGGAUGACGAAGGAAUAGCUGAAUCAGGGAUGUGAUGGUUCGAUUGCUGGUUAGGAGCAACGAUCAAUAGCAACAAACACGAAUCUCGUUUUCCAAAGGUACUUGAAUCCCCAAAAUUUUUCAAGUUUCCAUGGAAAAGAAAAACAUAAAAGCAAAGAAAUGACAGUCUAAAUCGAAUAAAGGCAAAAGCAAACAGCGCAAGAAUAAUUAUUUAGAAGUUAGUUAGAUCGCGUGCGAGGAGAUAAUUAGUUAAAAAAAAAUCUCUAAAAAGAAUUUUAUAUUAAGCAAUGGCUGAGCACGUGUUUUUAUUUCCGUAUCAGUUACAUAUCGAAGUUAAGCGUGUUCAAUCCGUGAUACGAGUAGAAUAAUUUCACGACUAAGAUAAUUAUAUCAGAAAAAUAUAAAAAGAAUGUGCCGUAAAGGACAAUAUCAAAGGGGAUGCAAAAAGACAAUGUCAAACCGAAUAUGCUGCCAAGUGUGGGAUUACGAAUCAAAUGCGUGCGCAAUGUUUUAUACGCGUUGUGCUACGGUCGGAGAGAUUAUGUCUUUAUUAAUAUAUAACUCAUGUAUACAUAUCUUAUAUAAGUAGCAGGAAAACUGAUAAGGCGCGCAAUGUUGAUAGAUGUAGAUCGUAUAUUAUAACGAGUGCAAAGAUGCAUAUUCCACUGGUUGUGUCACGAUGAGGCCUCGAACCACAUCGCAUCCGCAAUGAGUCUAUUGAACGUCUUUGUUAAGUCGCAAUAUGUAAGACAGUAUUUUAGAUCGAUUGGAUCGUGCAGACAUUGCGAAAUGGUAUCUUGGUUCAUCCCGAUGCAAAUAUUCUUCUGAGAUUACCACCAAUAACACUUUGUUCAUAUUUCGCGUCCUAUUCAAACGGACGCACAAAAGGUUAUCUUACGUUGUCUUAUUAUCUUUUGCAGAAUAAACGUAGUAUGGUUAGAUAAAAUUUAAAAGCGAUCCGUUGCAAAAGCGAGAUGCAAAACACUCGACAAUCAUGCUGAUUGAGUUAUCGAAAUAGCAAACCGUCCGUUUAAGAGCCAUGUAAGAGACGCGUGCUAGAUGAUGGUUUAAUAAGUAGUAAUGUUAAUAUUAAAACGAAUUAUCUAGGGGAAAGAAUUGGAAGGACGAGCGGGUGUGGGUGUGCGGAGCUUUUAAUCGAUCCUUCUUUUUGAGAUGAGCGAAACGAUAUCAGUGGGAACAAGAAACUCGCAUUUUCGUAGAAGCCAUAUCAUUUUUUGAAGGAGUCAGAGUACAUGUGUAUAUGUCCGUAUGCGUGUAGAUGUAUGCGCGUGUAUGUAAGUAAUCAAUCGAUAAUCGCGAUUGAAGCUAUGUAUUAUCUCCUCUUAUCAUCGCGAAUCGUGAUCGCCGUUAAAAAGCAAUAGAACUUCACAAAUAAAAUGCAUUCAUUUAUGCAGCGGUUAGCGCUUAGAAGUAUUACUUUAUCUUUGUUGUUCACCGAGUGUUAAACAAGGAUUAAAUGAUACUCUCUGCGCUGCAUAAAUGAAUACACCUAUAUGUAUAAAUAACCGUCACAUCGCGAUAAUCUCCAGUUCCCGCUAGCUUCAAAUAGAUAGGCCUUAAUUUUGCAAUUCGUAGUUGAUCCUCAACGGUGACCGUUCGCAGGAUAUAUAAAAGAAUCGAAUGAUCAUUUCUAGUAUUCAAUGUCGCUUUUGCGGCGAUAUACAAAUACAUGUACUUAAUUUUGUAUUCUCGUUAAAAGCGUAGUAAAACAUAAUUGAUUGCACAAUGUAAGUGAACUUACAAUUAGUUUGAUAAUCAGGGUUGCUGAAUUUUCUCUGUCAGAUUCUUCAAAAGGAUGAAAUUUACAGAAAAAAAGGAGAAAGAAUUUCGUGUUCAUCGAUGCUGUAUUUUUGGAUAAGCAUUUUUACACCGGUCACAUUGUGAACCGUAAAUCUAUAAACGAUUGCAAGGGCUGUUAAAAAUUACAUUUUACAAUAAGCGCUACCUAGAGUUUAUAUUAAUCCGCUACUCGCUUAUGAGCGUCAAUGAAAUAUAACCACAGACUUCUUCUUCUUCUUCUUAUUUUAUGGAAGU